AUGGCUGUAAAACGCGUAGCAGUGAUUGGGCUGGGUCCCUCUGGAGCCAUAACCAUCGACGCGCUUGCGCAGGAACAAGCCUUUGACUCGAUCCGUGUUUUCGAGCGGCGAGAAGCGCCGGGUGGCUGCUGGCUCGAAGAUAGCACACCUCCACCAAACCUGUUGCCCGAAGACCUUGCAGCACUCGCCACUCGCACUGGCGACCUUCCUCUCCAAAUCCCGUCAAAGCUCCCUGCACGGCAAGCAAAGCUCUCUCAAGCGCGCCAUGCCGAGUCCUCUGUGUACCCGUACCUCGAAACCAAUGUCGACCACACCGCAAUGUCGUUCUCGCAAGAAACGAUUCCUGAACAGCGAAGCCAGUUGUCAAUCUCGAAGCAUGGCGACGAUACACCGUUUCGCAGCCACGCUGUGAUUCGCGGAUACAUCGAAUCGCUUGUAAAUCGCAAGGGAUAUGCCAGCUUAGUGUCCUACAACACCAGUAUAGAGCUAGCAGAGAAGGUUGGCAGCGAAUGGAGACUUGUACUGCGGAAGGCUGGCGACAAUCAGCUUGAAGAUGAGUGGUGGGAAGAGGGGUUUGAUGCUGUUAUUGUGGCCAGUGGACAUUUCAACGUUCCAUACAUACCCAAGAUUGAUGGCCUGGACGCCUUCGAACGACUCUGGCCAGGCAGUGUGAAACACAGCAAGAUGUUCCGCGGACGUGACGCUUACAAGAAUAAGAGAGUCAUCAUAGUAGGCGCAUCAGUCUCUGGUGGAGACAUUGCAUACGACCUCGCGGGCAUUGCCAAAGCACCCGUCUACGCUGUCAUUCUCGGACACAAACUGAAUGGCUAUUUCGGCGAUGAGGCAUUCAAGCACCCCAACAUAGCGCAGAAGCCAACAAUAUCACACGUCGACACAUCAGGUGGUCAACGGACCGUACAUUUCACCGACGGCACAUCAGUAAAAGACGUCGACGAAAUCAUCUUCGGUACCGGAUACUCCUGGUCUCUGCCCUUUCUCCCCGACGUCAAGAUCCGGAACAACCGUGUCCCUGGCUUGUACCAGCACGUUGUAUAUCAAAAAGACCCCACCUUGCUCUUCGUUGGGGCUGUGGGCGCCGGUCUCACGUUUAAAAUCUUUGAGUGGCACGCUGUUCUCGCCGCACGCAUACUCGCUGGACGUGCUGUUCUUCCACCGCUUGAAGAGCAGCAGCGAUGGGAGCGCGAGGGUAUUGCAAAGAGGGGUGAUGGUCCAGGGUUCACCAUGGUGUACCCCAACUUUGAAGAAUACUUCGAGGCAGUGAGGAAGAUAGCUGGAGAGCCAGCUCCUGGUCAACCCGGGAGGAGAUUACCGCCGUACGACAAAAGAUGGUUUGAAGCGUUUAUGGCGGGCCAUGAGAGGAGAAAGAAGUGGUGGAGAGAGGAGAACGAAAGGGCAAGGCAAAGAUUGCUGGUUGAUGAGGCGCCUCGCGCAAGGUUGUGA